GCUUCGGAGUUGACGUCACGCCGCAAUGCAUUGUGGGAGCGCAGCUCCAUUUUCGGGGUCUACGAUCCAAACAAAUACACUGUAUUGGAACGGCGACUACGACAAGAAACACGCUUAAAAGCAGCUCGAAAGAAAACGGACGGUAUAGAGAUCGAUUGCGUCCAGAGGCGAAGCAGCGGUAUUUGAAAAAAAUUGAGUGCAUCGCAAAUCUGGACCCAUACGACAUACGGCAGUGGAGUAAAGACCCAGACGACUUACCGCCACUGUCCUACCCCGAUAUCUUCACCUAUCUUGUUUGUGGAGUAAGUGCUUACACUGCGAACCAGUUUCGUAAUUACAAGUCACUGGAGGCGCAUAUCCAAUUUACAAAUGGCUGGGUGCAAGAUUUGGCUAUUUUCAAGCCGCCAAAAUCUGAGUACGUCGUCAUUCAUACUAAGGUACUGCACUCCCAAAGAUUGAAUGAACCUGCAUUACGACCAUGGGUAAUUGUAAGCACCACAGGGAAGGUCGAAACUGCACACUGCACCUGUAUGGCCGGAGUUGCUGAGACCUGCACCCAUGUCGCUGCACUUCUGUUUAAAGUGGAGGCAACAGUGAGGAUACGUGGCACAAAGACAGUCACAGAUGAACCAGCCUACUGGGUUUUGCCGGGGAACACAACCAAGAUACAGCCAGAGGUUGGCCAUAACAUUGACUUUACGUCUUCAGCAGCACAAAAAAAGACUCUUGAUGAAAAUAUAAAUGGACCGUCUGUGGUGAAAGGCAGAAGAAGCCGUCCUUCAAAAAGAAAGAUUCCCUCUGCUACGUUUGAGGAGUUGUCACCAGUGUUAGACACACUUCAAAAACACAAUAAAGCAGUGUGUUUGUCUGGAUUGGAGAAAUACUACACAUCACACACUGUACAGUCAUCCACAUUACCACUGUCUCUGGCGUGUUUGCACAGCACAGGUGCACAGUCCCUUGGCCUUACCGAGCUACAACUGCACUGCGUAAAGUACAUAAACACAGCUAAAGUAACUGAAGAACAGGCAGAAGCUAUUGAGGAACGCACAAGACUGCAACACAAGAGCCCAGAAUGGUAUGUUUGGCGUGCUGGGAGGAUCACAGCUUCAAUGAUGCACGCUGUGUUUGCCACCACUGUAGAAAAACCCGCCAUUACUGUGGUUAAUCGUGUUUGCUACCCUGUUAACUCUGUAUGUAAUGUGCAAACAACUUGGGGACUGGAGCAUGAACAGGAUGCUCGACAUGCCUACACCCAGGUAAUGUCAGCAUGUCACAAAAACCUACAGGUCCGUAUGUGUGGUUUCCUUGUUAACACGGCUUUUCCUGAAGUAGGAGCAUCUCCUGAUGGACUAACCAUGUGUGAAUGUUGUGGGAAGGGGUGCCUAGAAAUUAAAUGUCCAUUUAAAUACCGAUGUGACAGCAUUCAGGAAGCAUUGAAUGCACAUGACAAAGACUUCUGCCUCGAAUUGACAGCAAAAGGACUUAACUUGAAGAAGACACAUCGCUUUUACUCACAAGUGCAAACACAGGUCUUUGUGGCCAACGCAAAGCACUGUGACCUCGUGGUAUGGACACAAAAAGACAUGGCAAUUUUACGCAUCUUACCAGAUGUGCACUUCUGGGAAUCACAUUUAAAGAAAGCUCAGGAGUUCUUUCAGAAGGUGUGCCUUCCUGAACUUGUAGGAAAACAUUUCUCUAAGCGAAAUGCAGCCCCGUGUGGUCACAACGUUUUUUCUUCUGGUGUCUAGUUUUUUGUCAGAAGUGCAUUGAAAUAUGUAUAACUUGAUUUCAAACGUGCAGCACUUACCAUGUACCAAUUGUCAAAGUGUGAAAUAAAGAGUGCAAAGCA